AUGGCGCUCUCCUCGCAAUGGAGUCAGGCUGUCGUGGUGCGGGCAACGACCAAGGGUGAGGUAAUAGUGCCGCAGCAGCCAAACAACGGCACCGCGCGCGCCAUGGCGGCAGCUGGCAACCCCAUAAUCGUGCGUGCCCGCACAGCCGCCAACUUCGGCGAAGGGGUGACGCCGAAUGCGGAUGGCAGCGGCGACCGUGACAGUAGCGGGCACGGCUUCCUCUCUGCCUUCGUCACUGGCUACGACAUCAGCCAAACCUUCUGGAUACCGAACCCAAGCAAGGGGGAAAUCGGUCUGCUGGAGUACCUCUAUCGGCGCGGGCCGACGAACAAGUCGCACGUGCUGCUGCAGAGCCGCCCGCUCCCAGAGCUGCAGUUCAACUUUUCCACAUGCACCGGGUGCAACAUCGACCUCAGCCACAACAUGUUCCGUCUCUCCAAGGCUGCCAUGGCACUCCAGCACAUGGACGCAACGCUCGGCGACGACGCCGACGCCUACGACGACAGUGAAGUGAACGUGAGCGUCGGCGGUAGCAGUACUGGCGGAUCCACUGGAUCGAACAACUUCUCUUCAAGCCUGUCAUCGCCCUCGACGUCAUCUCGGCGGCCGGGGUCGGCGCCGCAGCGGAUCAGCAUCUCGACUCGCGCCUUCAAAGUCGCCAUGCGGGCGAGUCUGCAGUCCCUUCAGGAAGAGGACUACUACCUCGUCAAGUACCGCGACUACAGCGCCUGGGCCGUUUCCGAGUACCGCAGCAUUUGCAAGACAGACUCCAUGUUUGGUCGAAAGUACGUCGAGCAGUGCUUCGCCGUGCACGUUGGGCGAGAGCCAGGGGAGCUGGUGCUCAUCACGGAGGCGCAGUUCCUGUACGGUGUCGACCUGCUGCAGCGGCAGCUGAUAAACCAGCUUACGAACGCCGUACCGCGUCCACCGGCCGGCUGGGGCGGCGUGGACGCGAAUCAGAGUAGCUACCAGCAGUACCAGAUCGAUAUUAACUACAGCGCCUUGAACGCAGACCAGUUCCGCUCUCUCGGCGCGGUGCUCGGCGACGGCAUGAGGCGCGUAGGGGUGACAUGGGAGGAGGAAAAGCGCGCGGAGAAAGCGAGAGCGGAGGCGCAUGCGCGGGCGAGGGGUGGUGACAACGACGAUGAUUACACGCCGCCCGCCUGGUACGACUGGACCCCCGGCGCGAUCCGUGCGCGGGUGCAGCGCCGCCUUCACAGGUGUUACCGUAGUGUUGGCCAGCUCACUGUGCAGCUCGCCGUGGUCGGCGUAUGCGGAUUCUUCGUCUACCGCGCUGUGAAGGGGUACAUUCCCGGCUUGUCCUCGCUGAACGAUGGCUACCACGAGGACCGCGGCGGUGGCAGCCGUGGAGGGCGAGGAGACGGUCGCUACCGCGACUGCCGCCGUAGCGGUCGCGGCGACGAUUACCUCUACGACUACCGACCGGGACUCUUCCGUAGCAUCUUGAUGGGUCCUAAGGAGGUGUUCGACUACAUGUUAGCCCCUGCCCCGGAUCGCUAG